UCCUGCAGAUUUUUUGGGCAGCCUCUUCAGAAGUGGCUUUCUAUUUCCUUCUUCCUAGGGCUGAGAGAGAACAACUGGCUUAAAGUCAACUAGCUGGCUUUGUGCCGAGGGUGGCACUAGGAGAAGAAGCCUGUUCUUAUUUUGCAGGUGUUUUGAGACAGACAGUCAAAUGAAACCUUUGCUGCAUUUUCCCAUCAGCAGAAAACAUCCUUCUGCCGCGGUUAUUCAUUGACUAACUUCUCGUUCAGCCCACUUCUUCCCUCAGUGCGCUGGACUGCCAAACUGCACUGCGUCAGAAAAAUAAUCACAGAGCGCUUCUUAAGCAGAAGAAUUUAAACAGCCUGCUCAUAAAAAAGAUAGAGAAGACAAGCCAAAUAGCUGGGCUGCAUAUCACUGAAAGAGGAGAACAAAGCAUCAGCAAGGCUGGCUGAUUCAACCAAGGGGAGCCCCCCAGUGAGUCAGACAACUCAGCAAAAUUAUUCAAGAGGACUCUGACCAAACACAGAAUUAAGACUGUGCUGUAUUUGAAGGAGGGCAGUAAGAGAAGAACAGAUAGACAAGAUGAGCAAACCCCAAUACAAGAAGAUGGAAGAAGAUGUACCCGAAGUCCAGAAUCCACCCCCCUAUGUGGAAAAUCAACCAGCGCCUUCUGGUUUCCUGGCCCCCCCCCAGUAUCAACCUCCUUCUGAUCCAAGAUACAACCAAGGUCUGGUUAUUCAACCAACGCAGACCAUGAACUUCGUACGUCUCCAACCCACCAAGGAGCCUGAUUACAUGGCCUACUCUAUCUUCACCAUGCUUUGCUGUUGCCUACCUCUGGGAAUUGCUGCCCUGAUUUAUUCCAUACAGCAUCUUGUCUCUAACAGCUGCUCAACCAGCUCACUGCAAAAUGUUUAUGUAGGCACUACUCCAAAAUGUUUGGAACAUUAUGUCUUCUCUUACCGCAACAACCAGCUCCUUUUGCAGAGCAAUGGAAAACAGACCCAAGAAGCCAACCGCACUGGAAAUGCAGAAUCUGCUCGACGAAAUUCAAAGCUGUCACGCAACCUGUCCCAUGCAGCACUUGGAGUGGGGCUGGGGAGCCUAACUCUAUAUAUUAUCUUUGUUGUAUUCAUGUACACUCAAAGAGCCUCUUUGCUGAUAGACAAUCCCUAUACUAUAUCCCCAUAACUCUUAAGGGCAAAUAUACUUCAAUAUAGGAAAAGUUCUAAGGUAGUUCAAACAACUAACAAAAUUGCUUAAUCAUUACAUGAAUGCCAUUCUAUGUGGCUGAAUGGUAAGCUGCUAAGACACACAGAAAGCACUAAUUUAAUGCUAAAUACUAAAAUGCCAAAAUAAUUUGGGAGUAAUUCUAGAUAGCUAUAAUAAAAUGUGAGGUGCUACAUUAAAGCAGUUAAGAUUCUGCCUGAAAUAUCUCAGCUGUAUUAUAAGGUGAUUGCAUAAUCCUUGCAUAAACAGCAAGAGUAAUUGCACAAAUGUGACAUUUCUAGAAUAGGUUGCAAAUUACUAAAAGGCAGAUGUCAAGGCUGCUGUCUCCCAGUCAAAAUCAAGUGACCAAUUGGCAAGAGAAAGAAGACUAGGUCUUUGUGCCAUAAAGAAUGAAAAGGGAAGGUGGAAAAUAUGAAGGAACUCACUUCCCUAAGUGGAUGGGAUCUAAAUGUUCUUGCAGAAGAACAAUGUUCAAUCAACUUUCUAAAGUCUAUAUGUAACCAAAAUGAAAACACAGAGAUAUGGUUGUCUUUUCAAUGUUACUUUCCUUCCUCUAAUCAAAUCUUUUUCUUCUUAACCAGUGGUCUGCAGACCACUGGGGGCCUGUGAUGUCAUCAUAGGGGUCCACAAAGGCUUGAAGAAAUCUUAAGUCUUGGCCAUGAUCAUGGCCUGUGGCCACAAAUGGUAUUUAAAUGGAGUCUGUGGUGAAGAAAAGGUUGAGAAUCACCAUUGUUUCCAUUGUCCAAAUUCUUACCUAAGCCCUACUCCCCAUGAUCCAUGGUUCCAAAUGGGUCUCGCAGCAACAUGCUAUAAGUGAUAAGCUGGAAUAUCAUAUGGUCAUAUGUGUGGUAUUCUGCCAAGAUGCUUUAAACCAGAGGUGGAGAAUGAUGGCCCCCUUAUAACUUGUGGACUUCAACUCCCAGAAUUCCUGAGCCAGCAUGUAUAUGUGUGGAACGUGGCUCAAGAUCCCAGAACAAACAAACUCAAAGUUUUAUUCAAAAAGAAGCAUUUGCAAAGGCUUGGUGAACUGAAACACACAUAGGAGUUCAGCCACACCUUAAAGAGCUGUUUGACACAUUUUUAUAUCCUACCCCAACACAGAUUCCCUCCCCCCCAUCGCACUCAACCCCCCUUCCCUAAUCAUCCGAUAAAACUAACUCAGACUACCUAAAAACCACUGCCCCCCUCCCCAUGUUCCAGGAAGCCCCUUUGUGCAGAUCCUAUCUAUCACCAUCUAAUUUUCUGUUAAUGAAGCUCGGCUCCUAUUCUUAUUUCUGUAUUUCCUCUGCUUGAGGUUUAGGUUAGCUAGCAACUUCUGAUUUUCUUAUUUGUAUGAAAUUUACUUGUCAGAGUGGCUUCUUCUAUCAACCUUUAGAUUCAAUAGAUUCAUUAGAAAUUUCUGAUUAAUAAUCUACUCCUUUCAUGUAUGUAUUCUGGCAAGAUGCUUUAAAGCAGGGGUAGUCAACCUUGGCUCUUUUAUGACUCGUGGACUUCAACUCCCAGAAUUCCUGAGCCAGGAGUGGGGAAUGAUGGCCCCUUUAUGACUUGUGGACUUCAACUCCCAGAAUUCUGGAAGUUGAAGUCCACAAAUCAUAAAAGGGCCAUCGUUCCCCAACCCUGCUUUAUACAAAGGACCCUUGCUUCAGUAUUUUAUCUCCCAGCACUAUAAUUUUAUAACAGUCUGUCCGAACUUUGUGAAUCUGUGUGUUCCUUGAAAGGAGACCAAAGACAAAGAAUGCUUCUGCGAAAUUUCCAAAACCUGAAUGAAAUGUAGGUCCUGAAUUCUGCCUCAUGGAUACUCAAUUAAACCACCCCUCUCUUUGCUGCUACCAUUUCAACAUAACCUCAGAGCCCUAAGGUGUUGCUUUUCUAAACAAAUAUUGCAGUGUUAAAAACUGUUUACGUUAUUCUAUGAUGGAUCUUUGAGCAAAAGUUUGUUCUACCAUUUUCCAGAAAUUACAUCAUUUUCAUUUUAA